AUGACAUCCACAGUGACCCUAUACCCGUUAUCGAAUUACACGUUCUCGACCAAGGAGGCUCAGCCAGAGGAAGAUCCUUCGGUGACUUCCAGACUCCAACGGUUACAGAAUAAUUAUGAGGAUUUCGGGAUGCGCAGGACGGUGGAAGGGAUCCUGGUUGUUCAUGAACAUGGGCAUCCUCAUGUCCUCAUGCUUCAAAUCGCCAACGCCUUCUUCAAACUGCCAGGUGAUUAUCUCAGACCAGGCGAGGAUGAUGUGGAAGGGUUGAAGGAAAGAUUGGACGAUCGACUGGCCCCGCCGGCUGGACAAUUCGGCGCAGGUCUGACGAGUGCACAGGGCCAAAAGGAUUGGGAGAUCGGGGACUGUCUGUCUCAAUGGUGGAGACCUAAUUAUGAAAGUUUCAUGUAUCCUUAUGUCCCGGCUCACAUCACUAAACCAAAGGAAUGUAAAAUGCUCUAUCUGGUUCAACUGCCUGAAAAAAAAGUUUUAUCGGUCCCCAAAAAUAUGAAAUUGUUGGCUAUUCCUCUCUUUGAAUUGUACGAUAACCCUCAACGAUAUGGCCCUCAAUUGGCUGCUAUUCCUCACGUCCUCUCUCGCUUCUCAUUCAUCUAUGCUUAA